AAUGCUCCUAACACCUUACACAGUCUGCCAUCUCGAUCUGUUUUCCAUAAUAAUUUUCUCUGGUUCUCUCUUAGCUCAGCUCCCAGCAGGAUAGGAUGGGAAGAGGCAGUGCAGUGAUGGUGUGCGCGGCGGUUGUGCUGUGCGUGCUUCUGCUUCACUCCGAGGUGGCUCAGGCCGCCGUUUACACCGUCGGUGGUUCCGGCGGCUGGACCUUUAACGUCGACAGCUGGCCCAAAGGAAAACGCUUCAGAGCCGGCGAUGUGCUCGCGUUCAACUACGGCUCCAGCUACCACAACGUGGUGGCCGUGAACCGUGCAGGCUACAACAGCUGCCGUCCGCCGCGCGGCGCCAAGACGUAUCAGACCGGGAAAGACAGGAUCAAGCUGGUGAAGGGACAGAAUUUCUUCAUCUGCAGUUUCCCAGGCCACUGCGAGUCCGGAAUGAAGAUCGCUAUCACCGCUGUUUGACGAAAUCCAUGAUUUUCGGGGACACAUAUGUAUGGUUUACGCAAGGCGAUGAUGAUAUAUAUAGUUAAUUAAAACGCAUAAAUAAAUGCAGUAUUACGUUGUUGCUAAUUUAAGGAACUGUGCGUGGCUUGUCUAAGCUUAUGCAUAUAUAACUAGUGCCAAGUCCAUUGGUUUAGCUAUUUCUACUGUGUGGUUUCUACUUUCUACUAGUAGUCUUAAUAUGGUUCGUGCUUAUAAAAUACUGAGUACUUUAUUU